UAAAUACAACCAUUCUGUAAAAAAAAAAUCAAAAUUCAAUAGGCCGCCUAGUUAAAUCAUAAAUCUAGAGGCCUAAUCUAGGCCCUAGGCAUAUAGAUCUACUACUUUAGAUUAAUUUGAGACUGAGAUUCUAGAGACUUUUACUAGAUUCUUCUUAGUUUAUUACCUUUUAGUUUUUAGUCUAAAGUUGGAAAAAAAAAUACUCCACUGUUGUUUCAAUGUUUGGUUAGGACCUAAAAAUUUUUAAAAUAUUAAAAUUUAAAUUAAUUUUAAUAAAUGAGCAGAUCAGUGAGUUGAGUGUUGUCAUUGUUUUUAGAUGUAAAUGUAGACAGUUGUAGAGAGUAGUAGAUCUAGUGCUAUUCCGACAACACAGUCAUCACGACGUCACAACCCAGCCAUAGUCCAUACUGACUACUUCUGAGUCAUUCUGACCAUAUGGCUUAUGAUGCCAUAUAAUUAAUGAUAGUUCAGUUAGUACGUUUCUACUUCAGUACUGAUUCCUGAGUAAAUGAGUAGUGUCAGACAUUCCUGAUAGUGUGACUAGCUAGUAGUACAAUCUCUCUGUCAGUUCAAAAGUUGAGUACAGGUACACCAAGUUAGUACAGUCUACUAACUAAACUGCUACUCAGGUUACCGUUUAACUAAGUCAUCAUGUUGUUAAGACUAAAAGAAGUUAUACAAUGGACACGCAUGACUGCAUUUGAGCUGUUUCUUCAUAUAUUAUCAAUACUAGUGUUUUCUGUACUUGUUGCAACAAAGAUUGAAGGUCAUCUGAAUUCAUCUUGGCCUAUUAUUUUCACCCCUCUUUUUAUUUGUGAUGGCUUGAAUGCUUACCUUUGCCUUAUUGUGUUUGUCAGACAGUAUCGGGAAUUUGAUUUGAAGCAGGCUAGCUUACGUGUGGCAAGUUCUCUUGCAGUCAUUGGUUUAAUCUUCACCUUCAAGUUGCUUUUGUGUCAGAAGCUUGUCACUGGGAACUUGAGCUGCUCUGAAGUGUUUGCUCCUCUGUUUGUUCUCUCAAAAAUUCUUAUGAUUAGAGCAUGUAGAAUGCACUAGACUUUUAUAUAAAUACAGUGUACCAGAAAAAAAAGCAAGACCAAUUUUGACUAAAAUUGUUGAUAACUUCAGAAUUUAUGUUUUGAUUUUUGUUGAUAAUUAUGAUGGAAAUAGGCCUUUUGUGUGGGUAUUUUUUAAAAUACCAAAAUCUCUCAGUAUUUUCAUUUAGUAAACAUUUGUAUAUUUUUUCAUGACAUCAUUUUGUUUUUAAGUAUGAUUAUAUUUUGUAUAUAUUAUUAUAAAUAUAAGAAUGUUAAUGUAAGUUUAAUGCUGUAGUUUUUAUUUGACUUUGUCUCAAAAUUUUUAGACUUAUUUAUAUUUAAUAAAUGCAAAGAAGUGGAACGUUAUAUAUCCUGGUUUUAUUUUUUGAUUAUUAUCAAUUUUUAGCAGCAUUAAAUUAUAUACACUGUAUAUAGUCAUAUUAGUGGGAUAUACAAUUAUUAGUGCUAUUUUAAAUGUGGAGUCAUCUUGGAAUUCAGCUUUGUUUUAGAGCUGUUAUAGUUUGAUAAAAAAGAAAUAUGGCUUAUUAUCUAUAUACUUUAGAUUUAUGUCACAGAAGUAAUUGAGUAGGGAUGUGAUGUACUUUUGGAGA